GAGUGUUCAUCCACGGGAAUGGAAUCUCCAUCAUCCCAUCCCGAUCAUGAUUCUAAUUCCCUGAUACCUAAUGUGACGUGUUCCAGUCUACUUAGUGACAAUGAGGCUACACUGGACAACACCAAUGAUAUAUCCUCUAAACCACAAGUAGAUGAUGAUGGUAGAAACUCAGAAAUAAUGAAUCGCCACCAGCUGAAUUCACCUCGUGUUACUACUCCUUUAUCAUCAAAUAAAUGUUGUUCUAUUGAAUGCUGGAAUACCAAUGACAAUAAAUCGGUUAAUUGUGAAGAUAAUAAUACUAAUAAUAAUGACGAUAUUAUUGAGGAGAAUAAUACCAAUUUAGAAGAUUAUCAGUUAUCGAAUACUGUUCAGUUAUCUUCUAACGAAUCAAAUGGUCAAGUUAAUAAAAGCAGUGGCUUGUCAACUGCUAGUGAACGUCUAAGGCAUAAUUCCUCACCCAGUAAUUCAGAAGAAAUCAACUGUCAAACGGCGUCAGCAUUGAAAGGUAUUCUCAAGCACUGUUCAGUAUCAG